GAGGGAAUUUGUGCAAUGAAUAAACAACAGUGUACCUUCAAGGACAUGAUCUGCUUGGACUCGGGGCUAGCAGGCAGAGGGAGAGAGAGAGGAGCCGAUUCCUCCUUUUCUGUCCAUUUCUCUCGGAUUGUGUUUAUCUUUUAGGCAGUCUUCGAAUUCGGCUGCUUUCUCGAGUUUUUGCUUCUGUAAAGCUUUGCUUUACGUUGAUCCUGUGGUGGAUUGGUGGAAGAUAUCGAGAUGGAUCCGAAUGAUGAUGUCAUGGAGGCUCUGAAGAAGGAAGCUGUGGAUUUGGAGAACAUACCGAUUGAGGAGGUUUUCGAGAAUCUGCGGUGUAACAAAGAGGGGCUCUCCACUGAGGCUGCUGAGCAGAGGCUGGCCAUUUUUGGGUUCAACAAGCUUGAGGAGAAGGAAGAGAAUAAGAUUUUGAAGUUCCUGGGGUUUAUGUGGAACCCUCUUUCAUGGGUGAUGGAAGCUGCUGCCAUUAUGGCCAUUGCAUUAGCCAAUGGAGGAGGGAAAGCACCUGAUUGGCAAGAUUUUGUUGGGAUUAUUACGCUGUUGUUUAUAAAUUCUACUAUAAGUUUUAUUGAGGAAAACAAUGCUGGCAAUGCUGCUGCGGCUCUCAUGGCCCGUCUUGCACCAAAAGCAAAGGUUCUUCGAGAUGGGAAGUGGAGUGAGGAAGAUGCAGCUGUUCUUGUUCCCGGUGACAUAAUUAGUAUUAAACUUGGUGACAUAGUCCCUGCUGAUGCCCGCCUCCUUGAUGGCGACCCAUUGAAAAUAGACCAGUCUGCAUUAACGGGUGAGUCCCUUCCAGUAACAAAAGGGCCUGGAGAUGAGGUUUAUUCAGGUUCCACUUGCAAACAGGGAGAGAUUGAAUCAGUCGUCAUUGCCACUGGUGUCCACACCUUCUUUGGCAAGGCCGCUCACCUUGUGGACAGCACAAACCAAGUUGGACAUUUUCAAAAGGUGCUAACUGCCAUUGGGAAUUUCUGUAUAUGCUCUAUUGCUGUGGGGAUGAUAGUAGAGAUCGUUGUAAUGUAUCCUAUUCAGCAUCGGCCCUAUCGUCCAGGAAUUGACAAUUUGUUGGUACUUCUUAUUGGAGGAAUUCCCAUCGCAAUGCCUACGGUUCUAUCUGUGACGAUGGCAAUUGGUUCCCAUCGUUUAUCUCAACAGGGAGCCAUCACAAAAAGAAUGACUGCUAUCGAAGAAAUGGCUGGCAUGGAUGUACUUUGCAGCGACAAAACUGGAACUCUGACAUUGAAUAAACUAACUGUUGACAAAAGUCUUAUUGAGGUAUUUGCUAGAGGAGUAGAAGUAGAUACUGUUGUUUUGAUGGCUGCCAGAGCCUCUCGAGUGGAGAACCAAGAUGCCAUAGAUGCUGCUAUUGUGGGAAUGUUAGGUGAUCCCAAAGAGGCAAGGUCUGGCAUUCAAGAGGUUCAUUUCCUUCCUUUUAACCCCACUGAUAAGCGAACAGCUUUGACAUAUAUUGACAAUGACGGUAAAAUGCAUCGAGUCAGCAAAGGUGCACCAGAACAGAUAUUGAAUCUAGCACAUAAUAAGUCAGAAAUAGAGCACAGAGUUCAUGCUGUGAUUGAUAAGUACGCAGAGCGAGGGUUACGGUCCCUUGCUGUAGCUUACCAGGAAGUUCCUGAUGCACGGAAGGAGAGCCCUGGAGGUCCAUGGCAAUUCAUUGGCCUCAUGCCUCUGUUUGAUCCACCUCGGCAUGACAGUGCAGAGACGAUAACAAGAGCUUUAAAUCUGGGGGUAAAUGUGAAAAUGAUUACUGGGGAUCAAUUGGCAAUAGGAAAGGAAACAGGAAGACGUUUGGGAAUGGGAACAAAUAUGUAUCCUUCAUCUGCCUUGUUAGGACAGAACAAGGAUGAAUCAAUUGUUGCUUUGCCAGUUGAUGAGUUGAUUGAAAAAGCUGAUGGUUUUGCAGGCGUUUUCCCUGAGCACAAAUAUGAGAUUGUAAAACGUCUUCAAGCUAGAAAACAUAUAUGUGGAAUGACUGGUGAUGGAGUUAAUGAUGCUCCUGCCCUCAAAAAGGCUGACAUUGGCAUAGCUGUUGCUGAUGCAACUGACGCUGCUCGUAGUGCUUCUGACAUAGUCCUGACAGAACCUGGUCUUAGUGUUAUCAUUAGUGCAGUAUUAACUAGUCGGGCAAUCUUCCAGAGGAUGAAAAAUUACACUAUAUAUGCAGUUUCUAUUACAAUUCGUAUUGUGCUGGGUUUUAUGUUACUGGCCCUCAUAUGGAAGUUUGAUUUCCCACCCUUCAUGGUGCUAAUCAUCGCUAUCCUCAAUGAUGGUACAAUUAUGACAAUAUCAAAGGAUAGGGUGAAACCAUCUCCUCUGCCAGACAGCUGGAAGCUGGCAGAGAUUUUUGCAACUGGAGUCAUUCUUGGUGGUUACUUGGCUAUGAUGACAGUUAUUUUCUUCUGGGCAGCACAUGACACACGCUUUUUUCCUCGUGUAUUCAAGGUCUCAACUCUCCAAGGAACAGCUCCUGAUGAUAUCAAGAAGCUUGCAUCGGCAGUGUACCUUCAAGUGAGCAUCAUCAGUCAGGCCCUAAUAUUUGUGACUCGUUCUAGGAGUUGGUCCUUUUGUGAACGUCCAGGCCUUUUGCUAAUGGUAGCUUUUGUAAUUGCUCAGCUGAUUGCCACACUGAUUGCUGUUUAUGCAAACUGGAGCUUUGCUGCUAUUGAAGGGAUUGGAUGGGGCUGGGCCGGGGUGAUUUGGCUCUACAACAUCAUAUUCUACAUCCCCCUUGAUUUUAUCAAGUUCUUUAUUCGCUACGCCUUAAGUGGAAGAGCUUGGGAUCUGGUUAUCGAGCAAAGGAUUGCUUUCACGAGGAAAAAGGAUUUUGGAAAGGAAGAACGUGAACUCAAAUGGGCUCAUGCACAGAGGACCCUGCAUGGGCUGCAACCUCCUGAGACGAAGCCCCUGUUUGGCGAUCGCAGUACUCAUACAGAGCUUAAUCAGAUGGCCGAAGAUGCAAGAAGACGAGCUGAGAUUGCAAGGUUGAGGGAACUGACCACCUUGAAAGGCCAUAUGGAAUCAGUUUUCAAGUUGAAGGGGCUUGACAUCGCCACAAUUCAGCAAUCAUACACCGUUUGAGGGGCAACGAUUGAAUCAUACAUGUUUUUAAUUUUCUGUUUUGCACACAAAACAUCUGCAUCAUAUACAUAUAGGAAUACUUUCACUUGCGCAUAUAUACAUAUAUAUGUGCCUCAUUUUUUUUUUUUUUUGUUAUUAGUAAGUUAAAUAUAUAUGUAACUUGGUAUGAUUAUAUAUAGAUAUACUUAGUUGAGAUGAGA